AUGUUCGAAUUCAACCGCGGGACCGCCGGCAUGCUAACACACGGCCGUAUUGAUCCCGGAUCUCGGGAGCAGAACGAACGCGAGUCACUGGAGCAGGAGCGGAACACUUGGUUCGCCACCUUGGACAGCAACAGGCUGCAGUUCAAGGAGGCAAGAGAACGUAUUAGGGCCGCCUGCGAUCGCGCGCAGCAGAGCGUUCGAAUCGACCUGGCAAACCAGGCCCAAUUCAUCAGCCGUCAGGUGUUGCCCUCAGAUGUCGUCGAACUAUUAUGCCGUUAUCAAGGUGAGAUCCGGCACGGGCGUCUCGAACAGAUCCAACUGGAUCGCGACCGGUCAUUAGAGACUGUCGAUUGGCAGGAGAGAGAGGUGUUCUUACACCACCACCGGCGAUUCCCAUUAUCGAGCAAGAUCAUGCCGAUAGUCGGCUUGGGGUGGGGCGAAGGCGUCCCGGAACGCAAACCUCCCGCCCGAGCGACAGGUCGGGCGAGCGACCUUCAGUUUGGGGGAGGAUCCGAUGUUGCCGCACCCCACAAUGCCGUCGCGCCCCGGACACACUCGCUUCCUGCCGCGGUCGGAGGGCUGACUAUGAGACCGUCGGCCGCUGUAUGUCGAUCCCCGCCGGAGGACGGGGCUCGGCCCCCCCCGGACGGUCCGCCCGGGACAUCCACAGCGGCCUCGGGAGCCUUCCAUGAAGUCGCGCCCGGUUCCGUCGUCGUGCUGCCAUCUCCGCAGGUCCAGCAGGCCUGCCAGAGUACUGGCCGUGACAGACACCGCUUCGCGUGCCUAGGCCAUGAGACGGCCUCGACCUAUCUCGUCGGGAGUGUGACAAACGCGUCAGAAGGGCUGGCUCGGCAGUGUGGGCGGAGUGCGGCGAAGCGCAGGCAGCCUUCAGCCGCGAACGUCGCGCCGAAGCGCGCGCGACUCACCGCCCAGAGGGCCGAGGCUCGAACGACCACCAUCGACGAGGUUCGCCGCUAUAAUGCCGCCGGGGCCAAGAGCAUGAUCAUCAAGUUUAAUGGACUCUUCUACAUCAUCAGCUGCGACGAACACGGCAUUCGCUUCAGACAACACGCCCUCGCCGAGGCUGCAAAGCAUCUACAAGGUGCUUGCCAUGGAUAUCCCACGGUCACAAACAGGCUCAUUAUCCAGAGCUUCGGCGUUCGUGUCGUUGACUGCACCGAUGCCCUUGCGUUGAUGAACAACGCCUGCGUAACAGAAGUUCCCGCCAGCGGAUAUAAGCCGACUAGCCGGGCCAGAGGCUGCGGCCGUCGCCGAAAAUUCGUCCAGUACAUGCCAGAGCUGUAUCAGGCCCCCGCCCUGGCGGGCUGCAGAAGAAGAGGAGUCUCUAUAGGUGUGGCCUCUACUGGUUGCACUUUGGCGCCGCGCUCCAGUAGCUCGUUGAUUGGCUUCCGGUGGAAGCAACCGGGCAAGCGGCUAGGUGUUAUAUUUCCACCAAUCCGGAGCCCGCGUCCCUAUUCCACUUAA